UUCAUUUUGAGAAAUUCCUCGUUUCAACUUAUAGCUUCCAUUUUUUUUUAGUUAUCUUAGUAGCUUUUGUGUGAAAUCAUAAGUAUGAGCUUUAUUUGAUUGAAUUUGGAUAAAUUGAAGGUAAUGAUUCGUGUUCGAGAUCGUUGUUUGUUGGUGUGGGCACUGAAGCUAGGCUAGGGUUACAAAAAGGGGUGGUUUUCUUAGAACAUUUGUUGGAAAGAUAGGGCUGAAAAAAAUGGACGGGGAGGAGAAAAGGUCUGUUUGGAAGAAAAGAUCGAAACAAAUCGAAGUUGGUCUUGAUUCGGAGGAUGACGAGCCCAUUGGGUCUUUGUUGAAGUUGAAAAAACAACGAAACCCUAAAAAGCUGAAGCAGGGAUUAGAGAGGGCUGUUGUAAGGGUCAAGAGUGUUGAGGUCGAAGAUGAGGAUUUGGGGGGAAUGAAUGAUACUUUGGCGAGUUUCAGGAAGAAGUUGAAAGCCCCUAAGAAAGAUAUUGUUUCUGCAGCAUUGAGGGGAAGGAGUUCUGCUUCGGUUGUGGUUGAAUCUUUGGAUCCAUCCUCCACUGGAACCAUGGAGGAUGGUGGUUCAGAUGCUAAAUUGGUAUCAAAAGCUGCGGAGAAUGGUUCAUUAGUGGGUGAUGGGGGAUCUGACAUGACUAUGGAAAUGGGGGUACAGGAUAAGCCUAAAGGAAAGGCGAAGGUGAAGAGACCCAAGAUUAAAUCAGCUGCAAAGACAAAUGAUGGUGGUUUGGAUUCUACGGGAUCUGGGUGUUCACUUUUGAAGGACAAGAAUGUUUCAGGCAUGGUGCUAGAGGAAGGUACUAGUCAACAUUCGGAGGAUAAUUUGGAAGACUCGUUAUCAUCACUUUUCCGUAAGGCGCAAUCUGGUUUAAUGAGGAAGUCUCGACCGGUUACUGGUCCAAAAGAGAUGUAUGAGACCAACGACAGAGAACAGAGUAGGCUUUCCAGAGUUAGUUCAGAGGAUCCAGCAUCUCGUUCCAAAGUAAUUUAUGAUGACGCCACGGUGGGUUGCAGUUCAAUCGAUCAAGAUGAACUUAUGGUGGAUCCUUGUAGCUCAAGCAAAGUUUGUGACAGAGAUAGCAAGCAGUGUACCAGCGUUCAACUUGUAGCUCCUGGCCAAAAAGGUGCUUUGAAAACUUGCGUUUCUAAGGAUUCACUGAGGUGUAGUGGUACAGAAAACAUGACCGUUGUAAACCUUGAAACUUUGUCUUCUUUUGUUGCUAAAGAAACUUCACCACCUCAUAGUGAUGAUAGCUUAGUGAAUAAUGAAUUUCAAAAUAACUCUAAGAUGGAUAAAAUAGUAUCCGGUGAAACCACCAUAGCUUCUUCCAGACUUCUAUCCUGUAAUUCGUUGCCUGGCCAUUUAAAGACACUGGAAGUAUCAGACUGUCAAAAGGAGCCUGAUUCUGAUCAAUGUCUAAAAGAUUCUCAUCAUGUUCAACCACUUCUGCCUUGCACUGCCUCUAAUUCACGGAAGAAGGAAGAAGAUUGCACUGAUUGUAAUGGCCCAAAUUGCUCUAAUUGUAAUGGUACUCCACUAAAGGAAAGGGCCGUAACAUGUGAUGUUGAGAUGUCUCAAAUUCGGACGACUUUGACUGGAGGACACGAGUGUGGUUCUGCUGUACGUCAAAAUCUUGAAGAACAUAAGGUAACUUGUCUGAAAAGCCAAGAUUGUAGUUUGAUUGGUGAAGAGACUCAUGAAGCAUCUCCGCAAUCUGUGGCUCCAGAUGAAAAUGAAAAUUACCUAGAAGAUGCAGUGUCCUUACCUGACACUGACAAAAGAGAGGGUAAGCUAUCAGCUGCCAAUCGUUUGCGCAAGCCAAAAAAGCGCAGGCCUGACAUGGCUUAUGAGGGGGAUGCUGAUUGGGAUACUCUAAUGGAUGAUCAGUGUUUUCUUGAAAGUCAAUGUUCUGUGGAUGGGGACCGUAUGAGAGCGAAAAUUGACAGGUCUUCAAGUAUUGGGAUUGAGGUAGAAGGUGAUGGUGCAGCAGCUGUGUCUGUGGGGCUUAAAGCUCGUGCAGUUGGUCCUGUUGAGAAGAUUAAAUUUAAGGAGAUCUUGAAGCGCAGAGGUGGCCUUCAGGACUACUUGGAAUGCAGGAAUCAAAUUUUAGGUCUCUGGAGUAAAGAUUUCAGUCGACUUUUGCCUCUUUCUGAUUGUGGAGUUACAGAAACUGCUUCUUCUAAUGAAUCACCUCCUACUUCCCUGAUUAGGGAGAUUUAUGCGUUUCUUGAUCAGAGUGGUUAUAUAAAUUUUGGAAUUGCUUCUAAGAAGGCCAAAGAAGAAUCUGGUACUGAGCAUAACUAUAAGCUUCUUAGAGGAAAGCCUUUUGAGGAAAGUUCUGGUGUUUCAGUUGCUGAUUCAGAGGAUGGAGUUUCCUUUAUUACUGGUCAGGUUAAGAGCUCUAAAACUUUAAUUGAAGCAAAAAAUGGAGUUAAUUUAAAUAAUGAAAACCUGACACAUGAAGCCAUGAAAGGCAGUGAGUGUGUUUCAAAGCUGACAACUGAAUCAGCAAAUGCAAUAGAAUCUGAAGGGUGUGUUGCUGAUUUCAUUGAAAAAAGUAGCAUUGAUGCUAAAUUGUCUGAUAGAUUGAUUAAUACAGAUGUUGGAAGUACUGAAAUAUCUUGUGAAACAUUGGAAGUUGCUAAAGUCCCUACUGUGACUCUGGAUUUAGAAAAAGAGUCAUCCCAUAUUCAAGUUGCAGCUAAUGGUGAUGCCAAAGAGAAUCAAUAUCCACAAUGUCACACAGAUGUUGGAAAGAAAAUCAUUGUAAUAGGAGCUGGUCCUGCUGGGCUGACUGCUGCACGCCACUUGCAACGACAAGGGUUCUCUGUCACUGUACUGGAAGCUAGGAGUAGAAUAGGAGGCCGUGUUUAUACAGAUCGGUCAUCUCUAUCAGUUCCUGUGGAUCUUGGUGCUAGUAUUAUUACUGGUGUUGAGGCUGAUGUUGCCACUGAAAGAAGACCAGAUCCAUCGUCAUUGGUUUGUGCUCAGUUGGGCCUUGAGUUGACCAUAUUAAACAGUGAUUGCCCCCUCUAUGACAUUGUGCAAUCUCAAAAAGUUCAAUCAGAUCUAGAUGAAGCUUUAGAAGCUGAGUUCAACAGCCUUCUUGAUGAUAUGAUAUUGCUUGUUGCACAGAAGGGAGAGCAUGCUAUGAAAAUGUCUCUUGAGGAGGGUUUAGAAUAUGCUCUUGAAAGGCGUCGUAGGGUACGAUUUGGGAUGAAUGUGGAAGGGAAAAGACAGCACUUUGACAUGGAUGGUUUUGUAGAAUCCAAGACAAGUAUUGACGGCGAAGUUCCCCAGAAAAAUUCUUUUGGUGAAGAGCUUUUGAGUCCUCUUGAGAGAAGGGUUAUGGAUUGGCAUUUUGCCAACUUGGAGUAUGGUUGUGCUGCUUUACUUAAGAAUGUUUCUCUUCCCUACUGGAACCAGGAUGAUGUUUAUGGUGGUUUUGGAGGAGCUCAUUGUAUGAUCAAAGGGGGUUACAGCACUGUGGUUGAGUCUCUAGGAGAAGGACUUCCCAUACACUUGAAUCAUGUAGUAACAGAUGUUUCAUAUAGUACAAAGGCUUCUGGAGUUCUAGAUGGCCAGUAUGGCAAAGUCAAAGUUUCUACGUCAAAUGGUGGUGAGUUUUUUGGUGAUGCUGUCCUGGUUACAGUGCCACUUGGGUGCUUAAAAGCAGAGACAAUAAAAUUUUCCCCACCAUUACCCCAGUGGAAGCAUUCUUCUGUCCAGCGGCUUGGAUUUGGAGUUCUUAAUAAGGUAGUUUUAGAAUUUCCUGAUGUGUUUUGGGAUGAUACCGUGGAUUACUUUGGGGCAACUGCUGAGGAAACGAAUCAGAGAGGCCAGUGUUUUAUGUUCUGGAAUAUCAGGAAAACAGUUGGGGCUCCUGUUCUUAUAGCACUAGUGGUCGGUAAGGCAGCCAUAGAUGGUCAAAAUAUGAGCUCUUCUGACCAUGUAAAACAUGCAGUAGUAGUUCUCCGGAAAUUGUUUGGGGAGGAAUCAGUACCUGAUCCAAUUGCAUCUGUUGUGACAGAUUGGGGUCGGGAUCCUUUCAGCUAUGGUGCCUACUCUUAUGUUGCUGUCGGAGCUUCUGGAGAAGAUUAUGAUAUAUUAGGCAGGCCCGUUGAGAAUUGCUUAUUUUUUGCCGGUGAAGCUACUUGCAAGGAGCACCCUGACACGGUUGGUGGUGCUAUGAUGAGUGGACUUCGUGAAGCAGUUCGUAUAAUUGAUAUAUUGACUACCGGAAAUGAUUACACAGCAGAAGUAGAGGCAAUGGAGGCAUUACAGAGACAAUCAGACUCUGAAAGGGAUGAAGUUAGAGACCUAGCAAGGAGACUUGAUGCAGUUGAAUUGUCCAAUGUACUUUAUAAGGACUCUUUGGAUGGAGCCCAAAUUUUGACCAAGGAAACUCUUCUAAAGGAUAUGUUCUUUAAGACAAAAACUAAUGCUGGACGGUUGCAUCUUGUGAAAGAGUUCUUGAAUCUUCCUGUUCCUAUCUUGAAGUCCUUUGCUGGCACCAAAGAAGGGCUGAAUACUCUCAACUCAUGGAUACUGGACUCAAUGGGGAAGGAUGGGACCCAGCUCUUGCGGCACUGUGUUCGUCUUCUUGUCCUUGUUUCAACAGACUUACUUGCUGUGCGCUUAUCUGGCAUUGGGAAAACUGUAAAAGAAAAGGUUUGUGUUCAUACUAGCCGUGAUAUACGUGCCAUAGCAAGUCAACUGGUUAGUGUGUGGCUAGAUGUCUUUCGCAAGGAAAAAGCUUCUAAUGGUGGUUUGAAAUUCUCAAGGCAAGCAACUACUGUGGAUUUUUCAAAGAGAAAACCCAUUAAAGAUCCAGCUUCAGGAAAGCCACCUCUACAUGCAAAUCAUGGUGCCUCUGAGAACAGAGGAAACAUUCAAGUUUCAGCAACUACCUUAAAACCAGAAACUAAUUCAUUAAAGUCCCAAGGUUCAACAAGCAGUUUGCAUGUUGAGGUAGAUGAUUCUACUGCCAUGACUGAAGAAGAAAAGGCUGCAAUUGCUGCUGUAGAAGCAGCCCGCACUGCAGCGCUUGCUGCUGUUGAGGCAUAUACAUCGUCAGAGGCAAAAAGCACUUCAUUGCUGCAGCUUCCCAAGAUUCCUUCAUUUCACAAAUUUGCUAGACGUGAGCAAUAUGCUCAAAUGGAUGAAUAUGAUUUUAGGAGGAAAUGGUCUGGUGGCGUUAUGGGAAAACAAGAUUGUUUGUCAGAAAUAGACUCUAGGAAUUGCAGGGUGAGGGACUGGUCUGUUGAUUUCUCUGCCACUUGUGUCAACCUUGAUAAUUCAAGAAUUUCAGCUGAUAACCUUUCUCAGCGAAGCCAUUCAAAUGAGAUUGCUAGUCAAUUGAACUUGAGAGAGCACUCAGGAGAGAGUGCUGCUGCAGACAGCAGCAUUUAUACAAAAGCAUGGGUUGACACAGCUGGUAGUGUGGGAAUUAAGGAUUAUCAUGCCAUUGAGAGAUGGCAAUCACAAGCAGCAGCAGCAGCAGCAGAAUCCAAUUUCUCUGAUCCAUCUGGGCAUAUCAGGGAUGAGGAAGAUUCAAAUGCUAGUUCAAAACAACCCUCCUGGAAGUUUGAUGGACGAGCAAAUGAGAGCUCUGUUUCACAGGUUACCAUUAACAAGGAAUCCGUAAAAGGUCAUCAUCGAGGGGCAGACCGUAUAAAACAGGCUGUUGUGGACUAUGUUGCGUCAUUGCUCAUGCCCCUGUAUAAAGCUAAAAAAAUAGAUAGAGAGGGAUACAAGUCAAUAAUGAAGAAAAGUGCGACUAAGGUUAUGGAGCUAGCUACAGAUGCAGAGAAAGCCAUGGCUGUUUCUGAGUUUCUUGAUUUUAAGCGUAGGAACAAGAUCCGUGCCUUUGUGGAUAGAUUAAUUGAGAGGCACAUGGCAGCUUUGAAGCCAAUUGUAAAAUCGUGAUGGCCAUAAUGAUUGAUUAACAUCUGUUUUCAAUGCGCUUUCAUCUGAGAUAUUAUGAAGCAAUUCGCACCUGCAUGAUCUCAGUGCACAUUGGUGGUGGCAUGGUGACACAAGAUUGGUACUUGAUUUGAACUGCUAAAUAAGUUUUUUAAUGAUACGAAAGUGCAAUUGAAGAAUGAAAUAGCAUUGCCAUUGCCCGUAAAAUGAUACGGUGUUUCUCCCAUGCACCCAAAAUAUGGUGACUUCUUCAAAAUGUGUUUAGAGCAGACCAGAAUAUGAGAUAUUUUGGAAAUGGCAAGAACAAAUUCAACUACAGAUGGGGUUGACACAAGUUGCUUUGUACAUCAUUUUGGCGCAUUAUAAUGGUACAGAGGCAUCACUUAUCAUUCAUCAAGGUUGUGCAUCCAAGGGUGGAAGGUUUAAGCCCUAGUUUUUAUUCAGGGAUCCUUGAGUUUCCAAUGAUGAGAUGAGAUACUAAUUGUCUUGACUUUUUUUUUUUUAAAUCUGUACAGUGUAGGACUGUUUUAGGGACAACAAAACGAACACAGAAUAUUUAUCAUUCAUUGUCUAAAGUACUUCGACAUUGCCCUGAUUUUUCAAGUUUAAUUAAUUUCUUCACUUUGCUCUCCAAAAAUUGAGCAAAAAAUUUGUUUU